AUGGCGUCGAGCGGCACAGCCUCUACUACUUCCAGAGUGGAGGUGCCGACGUGGAACGGGGAGGUCGACAAGCUGUCCAACUACCGCUUCGAGGUGUCCACAUUCGUGAAGAGCGCGCGCGGGACCGACCGCUACGUCUGUGGGCCACAGCUGGUCCGGGCAUUGGGGCCACGCGUGCGAAAUGCCGUGGGGAGCUGCCCCAAGAUCGACCAGGUGGACGUGGUUGACGAGAAAGGGCGACUCACUGGCUGGGACACUGUGUUCGACUAUGUGCUGGACAAGCUAGACUAUACGAGCUUGAAUGAUACGGGCUUGCUGGCAGAGGAGUUCUUUCCUGAAGAUCUCGAGGAACGUUGGAAAGACUUUCCAGGAGGAGACUACGAUUUUGCGAAGACCUACAGGGCCCUUCUGACGCGCUUCCCGGCAGAGGCCCUGGCCGGGCUAGACGGCAAGACGAUGCGCGAGAAGGCCAUGUUCAAUAACGGCGCCAACGAGGACGAGGACGAGACUGGUGGGGACACAGAGGAACUGCACGAGAUGGUCGAGCAGCUGGUCCAUCUCACAGACGUCGAGGAUUGCGAGGAGGACGAGGACACUGCUGACCAGGACUGGGACAACGAGGUGUACGCCCAAUUCCGACAAGGUGGACGGAGUUUCAAAGAUGCACGACAUCUACUGCGACAGGUGCGCGUGGCUCGGGGUUUCUACCCGGUGGUGGUGCCCACGAACGAGCUGGCGGUGCGCGCCGAGACGGGCCGUGACAUGGCCAAGAUGAAGUGUACCUUGCGCAGGCAGUUCGGACGCCGGGCGAGGGGCUGCCCGAACAAGAACAAGCUGACGGUCGUCGGCGAGCCGCGCGGGGUUGACUUCGACGCCGACCGAGAGCCGAGCGACGCCGACAAAAACGGUGUCCUCGUGCAGUUCAGAAAGUUGGAAGCCUUCGAGACCUUCGGGAACUCUUGGGACCAGCAGUAG